AUGUUGAAAUUCAAUCGACUGAAGUCAUUAACAGAGGACAUUGAUUUGAUCAAGAAAGCCUUGUCAAAGUCAAGCUCGGGUUUACUUCAGAUCGGAGAUGAAGGAAUCCGUAGGAAUCCGGAUAGGGCCAUUCCGGACAGCUUUGAUGAGGCGUUCGAAGCAUGCAAAGAUCGCAGUGUAUAUGUUAAGGGUUUCAACCCAGAUACGGCACUGGAUGAAAUAAUCGAUUGGUUGGAAAAGCACGGCGGAAAGACGGGUAGCGUAUUUGCUGUUUUCGAAUCGAAAGAAGAUACGGAGAAGUUUUUAAACUCAGAGGGAUCCUCCACGUUUGGGGAGAACAGCACUAUUCGCAUGUAUCGAGAAGAGUACUGGGAGAAAAAGAAGACAGAACAGAGCGCCAAGCACGAAGCUCGAGCAGAAAGAAACGCUGCUGCAGAGGCAGCUCGCGCGGAACAGAUUUUAUCUCGUAUGUCUCCUGGAGCUUUACUGGAGCUGUCCGGUCUCCCAGACACAAAUAAGAAAGAUUCCAAGAAAACUGAUAAUCGAAAAGAAGACUCUGAGCGACCAGAUGAAAGUGCUGAGGACAGCGAGACUGUUGCGACAGAAGAGUUAAAAGACGAAUGUGAACCAAACGAGGAUGACUCCGAGGCCUUAACAGUGCUAAAUUUGAAAAAGUGGCUCGUUGACAAGAUCGGUACUGACAUGGCCAUUGCCUGGGUUGAUGUAGAUCCGACAGAAGGGAAGGCUAUCGUUCGGUUCAAGCAACCAGACACGGCUGCAAAAGCCUGGGAAAAAUUGACUAAAGCCUUCGAGGAGAAACCUGUGGUGUAUUCUAAUUGUACACUAACAGGACGUGUACUGUCUGGUGAGUUUUUCAUUCUGUGA